AAGCAUCAGAUGAUUGAUUAAUUCAUAUAGCUGGGUAAAUCAAAGCUGAGUAUCCAUGAGAAUUCAUUAUGUUGGACGAGAAUCUCCCCACCUUCUACCUAAGUAACGAUAAGAAAAAAAAGUCCAACAACGUUCUAUUCACACAACACGGUGAUGAGCCCGAACCUGCCUAUACAUUGCGCCGCCUCGAUCCCACCGAUCCCGCCUCACGAAACCGCUACGCCGUUGCUCUCUACGACCCCUACAUUCCCGAUGUGCUAUAUGGAGAAGUCCUCAUUAUACCAGAGUGGACGCAGCCGACUCUGUCUGCAGAAGCGAUCCGUCAAAAUGGAGGUGCACCGCCUCCACCGGAACCCAUAAUGCCAUCUCAAUUCACCGUUCAUUUAUACAACCCGGACCAGGAAGUCAUAGUACGUCACAAGCCCAAGACAUGGAAUUCGCAGCCAUCAUGGGAGUUUGAAAUGCCUCAACAAUCAUUCAAGCAGCCCUCAAAUUCUACUUUGGAUCAAAUACAGUCAGGUCCGGCUGCGUCGGAGGUGACACCCAAACUCAAGUUCGUAUGGAGGAAAGAUGGAUCGUUAUCAAAGGAUUUUGCAUGCUAUCUUUCGGGGAAAACCACAACUCCCGAUGGACGAAAAAAGAACAAGGAGCCGGACAUUACUGUUUCAAUAUUCAAAGGGUUGAAGGAAAUCACUCUCUAUGAGCCGAAUUUGUAUCGGGUCGAAAUGGAAGAUUUCAAGGGUCUAGAGGUGGUGUUGAUGUUGGGUGCCGUCGUCAUUCGAGAUGUGUUCUUUGCUCCGCUCAAGGAUGCGUUCAAUGUUGUCAGCUCGCCUACCUCAUCCAGGACCAAUUCGGCUGCAGCGGCGGUCCCUACCGUUCCAAACAAUACCAAUACUAAGAAGCCCGCUGCAGCUGCAAAUGUGAACAGCAAUCCACCUCGGCCCACUACCGCACUACCACUACGUGACACUAGACCACCACCAAACCACCAGAGUCUCGACCCACGGGCAAAGUGGGAGAUAGAUGCCGAGAACGCACGAAUCAAACAGCAAGAGGAAGCAGCAAGGAAGGAAAGACGUCGGAAAGCAGAAGAAGAGGAACGCAGAACCAGGAAACUUCUAGAAGCCGAGCAGAGAGCUCAACGCAAGAAGCAAGCAGAAAUCGACAAAGAAACCGAACGAUUAAAGAAAAUGUACGGAAAGGAAGAUGAGAAGAGUCGUCAACAAAGGCCGAACCAUUCUCAGCGUCAUUCUGCUAGUCCAGCUAUUAUAGUUUCAUCGUCAUCACAUACGAAUCCGAGUCAUCAGGCCCGGUACUCGCAUUAUAUGCCCACCCCGCCACAGCAACCACCGCGACCAGGUCCAUAUAUGCAGCCAUCGGCCGGAUAUCAUUCUACAGUCAAUUUACGUCCACCCCAACCUCAUCCCCGGCCGCAGUCUUCAAUGUCUUAUCUUGGUGUUCCAAACGCGCAUCCAACAGCUUCUACUCCAGAGAUUCCGCGGUUGAAGGAACGAAGGAGCAUUUUCAAUCUAUUCAAGCCAUCGGAUGGUGGUGAUUCGAAUCGCUUGAGUAAAAAGAGGAGUUCAGUGUUUUGAUGAAAUGAUAUGAUCGGAAAAAGAAAGGUAUAUAAUCGGUGAUUACGAUUCAGGAGUAGUGCAUUUAUACCCUGGUUGUUUAAUGUUUAUAACGGUCAUGAUAUCGAUUUGCAUUAUCGGUGUUAGGUGUUUAUCCAUGGAUAUGAGGCAAGUUUUGGUUGCCCUUUGUUAUAUUGGUUGAUAUAGUAUACCUAAGUAUCAAUAUUGAAUACAUUUCACGACUU